AUGGACGCCAUAGAGGAAUUUAUUGCAACCUGUCCUCUAGCCUUUACUUUAGCUAAAGUUGUAGCUGUUUUCACCUUCCUCCAAAAGACUGGUGGUGACUUACAAGCCAUGAAGUUGGGCGAAAAAUGUUUGAUAUUUCUCGGGUCUAACGCACGGAUAGAAGAAGACCAGUUUACCCUGUUUUACCAAGCAAUCAAUGAGCUAAUGUUUGAGGCGGCGUGCCGGGUCCCUGACUACAAAUCUGCAGAAAGAUAUGCUAAGGAACUCCUUAUAAUGCAUCAUGCUUCUAAUGACAAAAUUAGCGAAGGUAUUGUAAGUUUGGCACUGGGAAAUAUAUAUCAGAGGCUAAAAGAAUUUGAAAUGGCGAGUCGAUACUAUCAGAAUGCAAUCGAUAUGACGAGAAGUACUGGAGACAAACAAGUAGAAGCACGGUGUUACUUAGGGAUAGGAGUCUCAUUUCAUUCGCUGUGUAAAUAUCACAUGGCUGAAAAGUAUUACGAAAAAGCACUGGCGAUCACUAUGACAAUUGGUGACAGAAAUCGCGCAGCUACCAUUUACAGAAACCUUGGUGAUAUCGUUCAGUCGCUUGGGAAAUACGACAGAGCUGAGGAAUAUUAUAAGAAAGCACUAGCAAUCAGAGAGGAAAUUGGCGACAAAAAGGGACAAGCAUCUGACUACGGAAACUUAGGAACAUUGUUUCAGUCGCUCUGUGAAUACCAAAAGGCUAAAGAAUUUACCGAGAAA